AUGCGGAAGGUCUACAAGCCGAUCCAGUGGUAUGACGGCGUUGACGAUAGGAAUAACCCUGGGGAAGUCCUUCCCCCAACCGAUUUCGCCAAGACUGGGCUCGACUUCAACUUUGGCCUCUUCACUUCGGCUCGGACAAAGUCCGAGAGAGUCCGUGGUCAGCUGAGCUGCAUUAAUGUCAACUUCGUUCCUUGGGAUAUCUCGGCUCUGGAAAUCCUGUCUUGA